AUGUACCCUGAUCUAUAUAAGGGGCUAAACCUGAGGCCGGAGGAUUUGACGGCUUAUGACUCUCCCCUUAUCAGUUUCGAAGGGAAGACUGUUACGCCAAAAGGGCAGAUCAGGCUACCCAUACAGACUGGAUCAGAGGUGGUGGAGGUGAACUUUAUCGUGGUCGAUGCCUACUCGCCCUACACAGCGAUAGUAGCUAGGCCAUGGAUCCAUGCCCUAGAAGCUGUAUCCUCCACACUUCACCAAAAGGUAAAAUACCCUUCCAGAGGCCAAGUUGAAGAGAUUCGUGGAGAUCAGGUCAUGGCCAAGCAAUGUAUGGUGGCCGCCAUCUCACGUAGGUCCCAUGCAGAGUCCUCGGCCUCUGAGAACUUAUAG